GUGGAGGGCUGCAGGUGUGAGGGCGCGGCGGCGUGUCGGCCAGAGGGCUGUGGCUCCUCACCGCCGUAGUGCCUUGUUCUGUCGGUCACUGUGGGGUCGCCGUGAGCGCUGGGCCACGGUGCCGGGACUCAGGGCUUCGCGUCCCGCAGCACCAGUCGGCCACGCGGUCCCGUGGCUGCUGGUGCGGUCAUUUUCUCAAAAUAUCACGCAGAUUUCUCAGGGAACGAUAAAAUGAAUAAGAAGAAGCAGCAGCGGAACUCAGGGGACAGCCUCAAUCCCUCAAAGCCUUCUAAGAACCCACGGCUGAAAGACGCCCCUGGAAGCCCCCAGAGCCCCAUGCUGAUGCAGUCACACCACUCUGGAGAGUCAGAAGACAGUUCGGAACCUGCAGCAUCUGGAGAGCCAGGUGGGGAGGAACCAGGACCCACAGCUUCCAGCUGCCCUGUGGAGGACACAAGAGCUGCCUUGGACCUCCCAGGGUCACCAGAAGAGCUGGCCCCCCUGCCUCCUUCCCAGAACUCAGUUGGGAGGUUUGUCCCCCAGUUUGCCAAACCAAAGAAGACAAUAACAAGAAAAGCCAAGGCGUGGGAAGAGGUCCCAGAGAGCUGCACAGGAAGCCAGGAAACAUGGCCAGAGCUGGGUGCCCUCCAGGCAGGCAGCCAGCCACAGAAGGAGUCCCUGAGGUUCCCUUUCCAUGACACCAGGAGACCAAAAGACCAGACAUGGGCAGAUGGUACCUGCUCAAAGGAGAGGACUAUCUCAUCAGAUACUGGAAGCCUAGAGAACAAUGACUUUGAGAUGCAGAGGGCCAUGGUUCAAGACAGUAGUAGCCAGGAAAGGCAACUGUCAGAUGAUGAUGCUGAAGGGGGAAAGGCAGACAGCAGAGCCCCACAGGAAGGAGGAGGUGCCCAAGGAGGAGGAGCAGGGGCUCAGCAGUCUGAAGAACCCCAGGAAGGAGAAGGCAUCCUCUACAUUUCAGCAUCAGUUUCUGCCUCAGACCCUGCUGUGCCUGUCACUACACACAUACUCAGUGGCACAGGUGCAGUGCCACGCUGCGGCAGCCCAGCAGAUGCCUCUCUUACAGACAGUGUCAUCACAGAUGUCAGCUUAGAUCCCUCUGUGCUACAACACAGAGGUCCAGAGGAGGCUGGGCUGCCAUGCUCUGUGGAUGGGCAGACCCCUGGUAGAGGCUGUACUGGGACUCUGCUGGACUACACACCUCUUGCUGAGGAGGCCAGGCUGGAAGAAGGAUCCCCUGGUGACAUCCUGGCAAGCCUCCCUGAGGCUGCAGUUCCUGGGGAACAAGAGCCCAUGGUGGAUGCCGGAGAUCCAGGCCAUGUAGAACAGGAAAUGAGUCCAGCUGUCAAGACCAAGGACCCUGGCUCUGACGGACAGCUACCAGGAGAGAUAGGAAUGCUGCCUUUACAGGCACAGCCCAUGAACCAAAGUGUAGUGGGACUGAGCAGCCUGAACUGCCAUCAAGACUUUGCAGGCCUCAGUCUGUCCCCUCCUACCCCCUCUCAGCUAGAGCAUAGUCUUGCAGCUAGUGACCUUCCCCAGAGGACCAAGGGCUGUCCUAGCAGCCCAGGAAUUCCCAUAAUCCUGGCAGGACAGCAGCAGUCAGCUCCCGGUUCUGGAGAUCAUGCUACAUGGCCGGAGUCCUCAGCAAUGGAACUAGACUUUCUUCCUGACAGCCAGAUACAAGAUGCCCUGGAUGCCCCCAACGUGGAGGCCCUACCUGAGCAGGGUUUUCCUGCAGGGAGUGUGCCAGGCCUUGGUUGGCCUGCCCCUAGCCCAGAUGCCGUUGGAGGAUCCCCAAAGGCAGUGGCCAAACCUCAGCCCAGACCCCCUACAGAGACCUGGGCCCAGGAGGCCUGCAGGAUGCAGGAUGCCACAGACACAGUGCGCGGCCUUGUAAUGGAGCUCUCCAGUCUCAAUCGGCUGAUUAUGAGCACCCACCGGGACCUGGAGGCCUUCAAGCGCAGGAAGGCCAAGCCCCUGCCUUACCUGACAAAGGGGUCGGGGAGCCUUGCUAAAGGGGGUCAGGGCUGGAGAGACCUGUAGGCUGCUCCAGCCUGCGACCCCACAUACCCUCCAGGCCUAUGGGGGGCGGUCAGCUUACCUGGAGUUCAUAUGCUGGAGGCUGAGGGUACCUGAGCUUCAGAAAGUCCUCUGACAGAUCGGCUCUGCCCCAGAUGCCCAGGCUCCUGAGCUGAGCUGCAGUUCUUUCCCGUUGCUGCCAUGGAUGAGGGGUGCUCUUUGCUCCUGUGCCUGUCUUUCCCCCAUGCUGUCCAUGUUACUUUUGGGGAAGCAGGGAAUAAAUGAUGCAGUC